GUGUAUUGCUUAUUUUUAAUAAAUUUCUACAACACAGUUUGUGCAAGUCAUUCUAUUCGUUUUUUUUAUCAAAUUAGGCGUCCAAGAUAUGCGUAUUCUCAACAAGUACAGUCAACUUUACCCAACACUUACCAACAGAUUCCACGUUCUCAUACUGUUGCAAUGCGUUCCUUGUAAUUUCUCGGGGUAUCAAUAGAACUUUCGAAAUUACGACGCCAUUUUGAGAAGUAUUAAUGCCAUUUUGGUUUCGGGGAGCGGACAACAUGCAAAUUCGUCCGUCCGCAUCGCAUACAUUACAUACAACACCAGAGCGGUAUGCAGAAAUGUGACGACCAUUAUUCGCUUCGCAGUUGGAAAGAAUUUGUGAUAGAAGGAAUACGGUCCUACGGGGGCACAUGAGACGCAGACAGUUGAGGGAGAAGAGUUGCCAUCGGAUUGCCUACCGUCCGUAUGAGGAUUUUUACGGCUUGCGUCAUUAUUUCGCUUGUUACUUUUGGUGACGGAAGGAGGAGAAUCUACACUGAAGAAGAUGAGGCAAAGUAUUUGAACGAGCUGAAACAACAGGAAUUGCGAAAUUUCGAGCUGGAAAUGAGACAACAAACAAAUCAACGAGGAGUAAAGUACUCAAGUGGCAUGUUAGGAGUUCAGUUGGAUGGUGGAGCUUCUGAAUCUGAUGAUCUUCCCAAUGAACUGAGAGGUCCUGUUUCAACGUGGAACAAGAAAACUUCAAGAACUCAACCAAAAGAGCAAACUCAAGCAUUGGCUUUGAGAUCCAAACCAAGUUUUGAAAUGUCAUCGCUUACUCGGAAAAGUGUAGAAAUUUCCGAUGGCAUUGACGAUGACGAUCAUUGGUGCUAUUACUGCGCAACUCCUAUUGACAAAGUCAAGCCGGAUAUGAGAAGAUCAAUAAGAAAUUUGCUUGAAAUGCGUAGGACGGCUUUUCCAGUUGAUGCCGUAACCAAUGAUUGCUACUCCGCGAAAAACCUGACAAGGCUGAAAAAACAGAAGUGUUCCUACAAGUAUUGUCAAACACUUUCAAUUUUGGAUAGAAAUGCAGGAAAUUCAUUUGUUGUCCGUGGAUGUGCUGAACAUUUUGGUGCAAUAAAUGUGCCAGAAUUGGAAAAGAAAAGCGAUCAUUCUUGUGAAAUGCUGCAUGAAAAGUUAGAAAUCAAAGAAUGUAUUUGCAAAACAAGCAAGUACUGUAACGCUGGAUGGACCAAACGAAGUGCAAAUGGAGUGUUUCAACAUUCUCGUGUCGCCUUUAUUGCUUUAUUUUCAAUCCUAGUUAUGUUGUGAUAACAUAAUAUAUAACAAUUAAACUUUUAUCACUACUAUUCAGGUUCAAUUCUUUUUUAGCACUAUCCCAAUAGUUAUUUCUCUACUGACAAAACUUAGCUUUCACUUCGUUUUUAACCGAUCUUUCGCUUCUCCUCUUUCAUCGUACUCUCGCCUUCUCACCAUUUCUCGGGUUUCGAUUUCAAAACGCCGUGUUUUGAGAACUUUUCCAUGUUUCCCAUUGUUACUUUUUGUUUUCUUUGUAUCAUCCAUCAGGGUUUCCACCUCGUUGAUUCAGUCGUUUCUAAAUUGAAUUUGAACACAAUUGAAACGUUUCUACUUUGUUAUUGUUGGUGACAUACGAGUUAAACAAACAGUACAUGUUCAAAAA